CUAAUUAACCAUCUACAGACACUUGAGGGCAUCAAUUUUCAAUCUUCUGUGGGCAUAGUGAUCAGGAAAAAGACAAGAAAUCAAGCGAAAAGACACUUCGUGGGACUUUUCGCACUUACAGCAUUUCACGUGCAGACAACGCUUUAUUGGGCAGCGAGUGUCAGUUCGUGUCAACAUCUGUCGGACAUUUUUUGCGUUUACGGCACGUUUUAGUGGAGAUUUUCCGUGGGAAAUAAGAUGCCUUCCUGUGCAAAAAUAGAGAAACGCGCCUCCGCCGAGGUGCAAUUGGUGGACAAUGGUGCUCCCAUUCGCCAAGUGAUUGUGGCGGUGGAGCACAAGAUUCGCAACUUGGAGAAGAGGAAGGGCAAGUUGGAGUCUUAUCGGGAUUUGCAGAAGUCGGGCAAGGACUUGACCACGGACCAGAAGAUCGCCGUCUCCAAGUACGAUGAAGUCACACAGUGUCUGGACUUUGCCAGGGAGCUCUUCAAGCAGGUCCACGCGAUCUCGGCCAUGUGGGACAAGGAUCAGAAGAAAGUGGCCAGGAAGGAAACUGCCAAUCGCAUCCAGAAUGAGGUGACGAAGGUGAAGGAAGUGCUGAUAAUUCAGGACACACUGGAGAAUCUCCGUGAUGAGCAGGCGCGUGAGGACUUCCUCACGGGCUCGAAUGGGGCGGCAAAGCUGGAGAAGAAGGAGUUGGAUCUGCUGGACAAGCUGUACGACAAUUCAACGGUGAAGCGCGUGCCCGGAUCCAAUCUCGAAAGCUACCUGGCGUGCGCCCAGAAGGCGGCCGAUCACCUCAUCUCCACGGUGGAUGGGAAGCCAAAGUCCUUCUGCGAUACAAACUACGAGCGCGUCCGCAACAUUCUGCAGGUGGUGCAAAAUUCUGGCUACUUUGACAAACAGUUUGCAGGCACGGACAAGGACAAGCCCGGAGUGGAUGAGGUGGUGAAGAAUGGUGUGGAGAGUCCGACGGCGGUGGUGGAGGAGGAGGAGCCGCCGAAGGUGGAGGAGAAGCCCAUGACACAGCCAGCUCAGCCGCUGCCUCCAGCCGCGCUGCCCCAGACGGCGGCGCCUCUGGUGCCGCAAAUGCUGAUGCCACAGCCCAUCACGACCAUCAUCCCGGCGUCUGUGAUGAGCACGGUCACGCCGCCGCUGGUGGGCAUGGCCAGUCCCCUGAUGAAUGCCGAACACAUGCGCGCCAUGGAGCAGAACUACUUCAAGCACCAGAAGCAGUACAUGCAGCAGAUGAGGCCCAUCUCUGACAUCAUCGGCGGCAGCACCUACUUCUUCCUCCAGGACUCCGAGCUGGACUCACCGGAUGUGAUCACGUCCGUGGCGCCGCCCGUCACGGUGCCGCCGGCCCACAUGCAACCGCCGGCCGUGCCCAUCGCCACGCAGACCUUCACCAAUCAGAACUUUCCCAUGGUGGCGCCGCAGAAUGUCUAUCCGGGCAUGAAGCCGCCGACCGUCGUCAAUGCACCACUCACAGCCAAUCCUCCGCCUCCGGAACAUCUCGCAGCCGCUGUUCAUAUUCCUGGCUUUGCAGCAACUCGUCCAUUGCCGCCGGCGAACGCGGGUUCUCAGCCAGUUCAACCCGUGCCGGCUGGGGGCGCCAUUUCGCCGGCUCAUGGACAACAGGGUCAGCAAUUCGCAGCUGAGAAUCGAUCUGUCAUGAUACAGCCGCCGAGUCAGCCGGUGAUGCCGAGUGUGGCUCAGCCAGAAAAGCCAGCGCCGCCCAGUCGACAGGAGGAGCCGGCGGCGGCGGUGGAGGAGCAGCAGCUGACGAUCAGCGAGUGGAAGCCGGAGGAGAGUGCGGCGGUGACGAAGAAGGCGCCGCCGGAGGAGAGCACCGACUGGGCGGAGCAGGUUGUGGAGCCGAGCAAGGAGUGGAAUCCGGCGGACUCGGCUGGCGGCGACAACCAGUUCGGCGGCUCGUGGCAGGCGGAGGGAAGUCAGUCGGGCGGAUACAACAGCCGCCGCGGCUAUGCGACAGGACAUCCGCGUCGUCGAGGCGUGCACAACAUGGGCUACAGAUCGGGCAGGCCGAGUGGCAACGGCGGCGGCUUCCACCAGAACGGCGGUGGUGCCAAUCGCUCAGGCGGCGGCAGCGGCGGCGGCACAUUCUAUCGCAACAAUGACCCCAACUACUACCAAAAUCAGAACGGCGGCGGAGGCUUCCACAACGGCGGCGGGAAUGGCGGCAGCACCUUCAAGGGCCGCUCGGCGCGCUCGUCGAUGGGACCUCGCGGUGAGCGCAGCCACUCGAACAGACGCGACAAUAGGCCCUCGCGUCCCGCCGGCGGCUACCAGGGGCCGACGAGGAGCGCCACCGCGGCGGCACAGAAUGACUAAGCGGCCGCGUGAGUAUUUUCGUCUCUUCACGUACUUUCUACUAUCAUUUCAUUACUUCUGCGGCUCUGAUAACGUCUCACGAAGGGACGAACGGCGGCCCAGUGUGGCGUCCACGCGCCCAAUCGCUAUCCCUGUUUUCAACUGGAAUUCUCAUUCUAAUGGAGUUCAAUAAUGAAAAUUAACCGAGUAUUAUAAUCCCAUUUCGUUAUGUUUUUUUUUCCAUAAAAUCCCACAGCAAAUAUAUUUAAAGGAGGAAAUGAACUUUGAUGAAUUAUAAUGUCAGAGGAGAAAUGCAAAAUUGAUGAAUCACAAUUUUGAAUUCUUCUGUUUGAAGAUUCUCUAAGAAAUAUGACUCUUUCUGUAUAAUUUAUAAAAUAAAAAAAGGAGAAGAGAAAAUUAUAUAUUUUUUUGGUUCUCUAAUUGGCUCGAUAGGCGUUUUUUCUUUCACUUUAUUUGCAUAUUAACACUCCACUCAAUGUAUUUGCAUGAUUGAAGAAAAAAAAUGUUUCAUUGAGGUUUUUCGCAGGAACUUUCCAUAAAGUUCAGAUCAUAGAUAUUUGUGUAGGUGAAAAACAAUUAGCAAAACUGUAUGUUGAGCAUCAUUAGCAUAAGUGUGUCAAAUUGUGCCAAUUAUAAUGCCUAAAUCUACAGCCAAAUCCUAUUAAAUUUUUUCAGCUUGAGCCGUCGUCAUUAAAUUUCAGGCUUGUAUUCUAAAUGAAUUCAAAUGCUUCUUCGGCGAAUCAAUCCAAAAUCUUGCAUAUAAUUCGUCUCAUCUUUGUAGUUUCACUAUUUAUAAUAAAAAAAAAAUGGUGAAUUUGAAACUUUUGAAUAUUUUGCACAAAUCAGUCAAUUGAAUUCUCUUGGAAAUUCUCAGUGAGAUAUUGUAGAAUCUCUGGUAGGUGGAGUGUUAAUUGUUUUCUUUCUUUUCUUGGACCUUAAAAUCAAGUUUUUAAAUGCUACUUCACUACGAAUAGGAGCGUGUUUUAGCUGAGUUCGGGGAGACAAGCAAUUGACUAUAUAUAGCAACAGUUACAAUGAAUUGACAAAAGGAAUUGCUUUCACACAAGGCAUAAUGAGGUGUUAUAAAUCAUGUAAUAGAAAAAAAGACGGCAUUUCUCCAAUAGCAUUGAAGAUUGACAUUUAAUUUUCUAUCUAGCUCUUUUUUGGAAAUGAAGAAUAAAUAAAAGGUUACAAAAGAAUGACACAAAAUGCUGGCUUUAUUGAGCUUCAAUCUGUGAACUUUUUUGCACCCCAGGAGAAAAAGAAAAAAAACACUUUUGGGUAUGUGAUUGAUUAAAAUUAAUAUAUUUCAAUACUAAAUACGGC